CUAGUACACACUACUGCUGCAAUACUCAACAAAAAUUACCUACUUUCUCUCUCCUCUCUUUCUCUCUCUAGCUACAUAGGGCCCUAUCAACUUCCUUUCUUUUUCUUCAAUCUCUCUCUCACAUAUAACGUACUAACUCUUUCUUCUUUCAAAUCACCAUCAUAUAUCUUCCCCUGUUUCACCUCACUAUCAAACUCAUCUUCUCACUAAACGAGGGACCUAUAGGCAAGAAUAUUAAUGGUAAGGGGACCCAAUACUAUGGGACAUAUGAACAAAGAGAAAGUGGUUUCAAAUUCUCAGUUGUUUUCUUCAUCUCUGAAAGGGUUUAAGGACAAGAGUAACACCACCAAUAACAUGCCCUCCUGGCUACUCACCAGCAUUUCUGAUUUGGAAGAGAGGGUGAAAAUGUUGGCAAUAGGAACAUGUGAAGAUGAAGAAGAAGGUGACACUUUUGCAGAAAGAGCUGAAACUUACUACCAGAAGAGACCUCAACUACUGUCACUUCUUCAUGAUUUGUACAAUGGCUAUAUGACUUUAUCCGAUCGUUAUAUACAAACACUUGCGAAACAUAAGCAUCAUAGCCGACACUCUUCUCAAGUUUCGACUUUGGAAGAAGGUUUCUAUGAUCAAGAAGAGGAAGAAGUUAUUAGUGGUGUGAGUCAAGUUGAUUCGGAUAUGGAAAGUUCGAUUUCUUAUCAGCAAACAUUACCUUUGACGAGUCUUCCUAAGAGGGGAACAACUAUGUUCGACGUUGAUGCGGUUGUAGCCGAGCUUGUGAUGAAGAAUGUUGAGUGUGAUUUUCUGUUGCACGAGGUUAAUGCCAUGGAGAGGAGGUAUUGCGAGUCUUCGAGGAAAAGUGAGUUACAGAAGAGUUUGCUUGAGGUGUUGGAAUCUGAGAGAGUUGUUUUGUUGAAUGAGAAUGCUGGUUUGAGCUAUAGGGUUAAUACUUUGGUUGAAGAGAACAAGGAGCUUGCCUCCGAGUCAGUUUUUAUCAAACGGAAAGCCGGGGAGUUAGCCAAGUGUGUGUUGAAGAUGAGGGAGGAUCAUAGAGUUUAUCUUUUGCAUAGGAAAAUUGAAGAUCUUCAAGGACAGGUUCAUGGUUUGGAGAAAAGGAACAAGGAGUAUUAUGAGAGGCUUUUGAGAAGAGAGAAUCAAGAAAAUGGAAACAAAGGGAAGAAUGGUGGUGAAGGAAUAGCUUUGGAAGUUCAUGUUCAAAUGGAGAAACCUAGAAGGUUUAAGUGGAAAGAAGAAGGAAAGUCUUCUAGGAAGAAUUUAGAUGGAAAGAAAGGACAUAGUUUGUGGAAAAAGCUCAAGAACAUGGACUUGUUGUUGUGUGGUACAAGUCCAGCUUGUUCUUGAUCUUGGUUCGACGGUCCAGAUGUAACUGAUUGCAUUGUUAGGGUUGCGAAUGAACACAACUCAUAUCUCUAGUUUUUUUUGGUUGGUAUGUAUACUUUUUGGCUUUUGAUGUUGGUAAUAGUAGUAGGUUACCAUAGCAUGUGUUUGAUUUUGCGUUAGAGGCGGCUCCAAACUCGGGUUUGCUUCCGCGGGGAUGUCAUUGAAGCUACAAAACCAGGCUUCUGUUUGGACAGACGCGCCGUGCAACCGAUCAUACACGAAGUUAGCUAUGGUGUAUAUUUCAAUAUGAACUUUAGUUAGCUAUGGUGUAUAUUUCAAUAUGAAGUUUAGUCAAGUCUUGUGGUGAAAUCUAAUUGUAGAUUAGUUUACAUCAAGCUAUAGAGUCAAUACUUUUGCCUCUAGGAUUAUAGCUGAUGGUCUAAUUCUGGUUUUGUUCUUGUUAAAGGACUUGCUUAACAAAUAGUAUGUGAUGCAUCCUUCAAUUUUUA